GACCUUGGAGAAAGGAUGAAGGUUACCGCCGUGGCCACUCAGGGAGGAUACGGGAGCUCUGAUUGGGUGACCAGCUACCUCUUGAUGUUCAGCGAUGGUGGGAGCAACUGGAAGCAAUAUCGACAAGAAGACAGCAUCUCGGGAUUUCCAGGAAACGCCAAUGCAGACAGCGUUGUGUCCUACACACUCCAGCCGCCCUUCGAAGCCAGGUUUCUGCGCUUCCUGCCCUUGGCCUGGAAUCCCAGGGGUAGGAUUGGGAUGCGGAUCGAAGUGUACGGAUGUGCAUAUCGAUCCGAGGUGGCUCAUUUUGAUGGAUACAGUGCCCUGCUCUACAGAUUUGAUGAAAAAUCCAUCCGACCAAUGAGAGAUGUUAUUUCUUUGAAAUUUAAAGCCAUGCAGAACAAUGGGAUUCUGUUCCACAGAGAAGGACCAAACAGAAAUCAUAUCACUCUGGAACUAAUUAAAGGACAACUUGUCUUUUAUCUUAAUUCAGGCAUUGCAAACCUGUCCUCUACUAAAGCUCCCACGACCCUCACCUUGGGCAGCCUGCUGGAUGAUCAGCACUGGCACUCUGUCCGCCUGGAGUUCUUCAACACCCACGUCAACUUCACCUUGGACAAGCACGCGCAUCACUUCCGUGCAAAGGGGGAACGUACUUCCUUAGAUCUUCACUUUGAGAUCAGCUUUGGAGGAAUUCCAGUACCUGGAGGACUACUGAAUUUCUCACAUAAAAUGUUUCAUGGAUGUUUGGAAAAUCUUUAUUAUAAUGGAGUGGAUAUAAUUGAGUUAGCCAAGAAGCACAAGCCACAAAUCCUCGUUAUGGGAAAUGUCUCCUUCUUGUGUCCACAACCACAGACUGUCCCCAUGACUUUUCUGAGCUCCAGGAGCUAUUUGUCUCUGCCGGGCAGUUCUGGGAAGGACAACGUAUCGGUCACUUUUCAGUUUCGAACAUGGAACAAAGUAGGACAGUUGCUUUCUGGUGAACUUUGGCGUGGGUCAGGAAGUUUUAUCCUGUUUCUUAAGGAUGGAAAACUCACACUGAGUCUCUCACAGAUGGGCCAAUCUUUGAGGAACAUCACAGCAGGUGUGGAGAUCAGCGAUGGCCAGUGGCAUUCUGUGUCUUUGUUUGCUAAAUGGAGCCACCUGAGCAUGGUGGUUGAUGAUCACUCAGCUGUUCAACCCCUGGCCCCCAUGCCCAUCCAUUCAGGGGAUGCCUACUAUUUUGGAGGCUGUCCCCACAACAGCUCUGGCUAUGGAUGUGAAAAUCUCCUGGGAGGAUUUCAGGGCUGCCUGAGGUUCAUCUCCAUUGGUGACAAAGCGGUGGAUCCCAUCUUGGUACAGCAGGGGGCGCUGGGGAGUUUUAACGACCUCCAGAUAGACUCAUGUGGCAUCACCGACAGGUGUUUGCCCAGCUACUGUGAGCAUGGGGGUGAAUGCUCCCAAUCGUGGGACACCUUCUCCUGUGACUGUGAGGACACAGGUUACACCGGAGCCACCUGCCAUUCCUCCACCCAUGAGCAGUCGUGUGAGGCCCACAAGCACAAGGGGAGCCCUUCUGGGCUCUAUUCCAUCGAUGCAGAUGGAAGUGGCCCUUUGGGACCAUUUCUUGUGUACUGCAAUAUGACAGCUGAUGCUGCGUGGAUGGUGGUACGACCCAGCGACACUGAUGUGGUGAUGGUCAGAGGCUGGCCCCAAGGCCGCACCCGCUCAGCGACCUUCACCUAUGCAGCAGGUGCAGGGCAGCUGCGGGCAGCUGUGCACAUGGCCGAGAGCUGCGAGCAGCAGUUAGCCCUGCGCUGUCGCACCACCCAGCUCUCCAACUCCCCAGGUGGAUCUCCACUGAGCUGGUGGGCUGGAAGGACCAAUGAGACGCAAAUGUACUGGGGAGGUUCUCAAAAGUGCACUUGUGGAUUAGAAGGCAACUGCAUUGAUUCCCAAUAUCACUGCAACUGUGAUGCUGACCAGAGUGAAUGGACCAGUGACACAAUUGUCCUUUCUCAGAAGGAGCACCUGCCUGUCACUAAGAUUGUGAUGAAGGACACCGGCCAACUACAUUCUGAAGCUGCUUACACCCUGGGGCCUCUGCUCUGCCAGGGUGACAAAUCAUUUUGGAAUUCAGCUUCCUUCAACACUGAGACGUCAUACCUUCAUUUCCCUACUUUCCACGGAGAACUGACUGCUGACGUGCAUUUCUUCUUUAAGACUACCAUUUCCUCUGGUGUGUUCAUGGAAAACCUGGGAAUCACAGACUUUAUCAGGAUGGAGCUGCGUGCUCCUACAGAAGUGACCUUUUCUUUCGAUGUGGGAAAUGGACCUUGCGAGGUCACAGUGCAGUCACCCACUCCUUUCAAUGACAAUCGGUGGCACCGCGUGAGGGCAGAAAGGAACAUUAAAGGAGCAUCUCUUCAAGUGGAUCAGCUCCCUCAAAAGAUACAGCCUGCCCCAGCUGACGGGCAUAUCCGCUUACAACUCAACAGCCAGCUCUUCAUUGGGGGAACUGCCAGCAGGCAGAGGGGUUUCCUGGGCUGUAUCCGGGGCCUGCGGCUGAAUGGGGUGGCCCUGGACCUGGAAGAAAGAGCCACCGUGACGCCAGGUGUGGAGCCGGGGUGCGCAGGCCACUGCAGCAGCUAUGGCCAUCUGUGCCAUAAUGGGGGAAGAUGCCUAGAAAAACACGCAGGGAUCCAGUGUGACUGUGCCUCCUCUGCCUUCGAAGGACCCUUCUGCUCGCAAGAGAUUUCUGCUUAUUUUGAGACCGGCUCUUCAGUGACUUAUAAUUUUCAAGAGCAUUAUACCCUAAGUGAAAACACUUCAUUACCCAGAGACGUUUCGUUGUCAAGUGACUUUGUCACCCUAAGCUUCCGGACCACUCAAGCUCCGAGUUUAUUACUUUAUGUGAGCUCUUUCUCCGAGGAAUACCUUUCCAUUUUCCUGGCCAACAACGGAAGUUUGCAGGUUAGGUACAAGCUGGACAGACAUCGAGAUCCAGAUGCUUUCCGCUUUGACUUUAAGAACAUGGCUGAUGGACACCUUCACCGGCUGAAGAUGAACAGAAAGGAAGCCAUGGUCUUUGCAGAGGUUAACCAGAGUGCAAAGAGAAAAAUCAUCUUGUCCUCAGGGACAGAAUUCAAUGCUCUCAAGUCUCUUUUCUUGGGAAAGGUUUUAGAGCCCCUGGACAUGGACUCUGACACCCGGCGGGCAGCGACGCGUGGCUUCACAGGCUGUCUCUCUGCAGUGCGCUUUGGGGGUGCUGCCCCCUUGAAGGCCGCUCUGCAGCCCGGGGGACCAGCGUGGGUGUCCAUACGGGGCCGGGUGACCCCAGCAUCCCGCUGCACGGAGGGGGCGGGGCCUGGCUCCCCAGCGCGGGAACUGGCACCCAGGCUCUCGGGGAGCACAGGUCAUCUGGGGCCAACAGAUGAGGGAGAACCCUUCCUUAACGCAGACCAUAGUGACUCUGGGGUCAUUGGAGGUGUGAUAGCUGUUGUGGUCUUCAUUUUGCUGUGCAUCUCUGCCAUAGCCCUACGCAUUUACCAACAGAGAAAGUCCCGUAAAGAAAACGAGUCAAAAGUCUCCAGAAAUGAAGAGUGCUAG